AUGGAAUGCACAAGGUUCACUGUGUUGUCAUUUAUUAUUAAGAUGCUUCACAUUAAGGUGUACAACAAGUGGAGCAAUAACUCAUUUGAUAUGGUUAUGAAAGUUUUCAAAGACACUCUACCUGAGUGUGAUGAGACUGUUCCGUGGACCAUAUAUGCUGCGAAAAGAUUCUUACAUGACUUGGGUCUGGGUUACGUUCUCAUUCAUGCUUGUAGGUAUGAUUGUGCACUAUUUUGGAAGGAGCAUGCAAAUCUUCAUAAUUGCCCCAAGUGUGAGCCUAGAUACAAGUUGGACAACGGAAAGGGUAAGAAGAUCCCUCACAAGAUAUUGAGGUACUUUCCAUUGACACCAACAUUGAAGAGAUUGUAUAUGUCCAAGAAAAUCACUACAGAUAUGAGAUGGCACAAGGAGAAACGUGUGGAUGAUGGAAUCUUGAGGCAUCUAGCUGAUGCUGAGGCAUGGAAAGACUUUGAUUGGCAACAUCCUAUGUUCGCCAUGAAUCCACGAAAUGUAAGGCUCGGGCUCGCCACCGAUGGUUUCAACCCAUUUGGAAAUAUGAGCACAUCAUACAGAGUUGAAGGAGUUAUGGGGCGAUGGGUGCGAACUUAUGAUGCGAAAAACGAAGAGUCAUUUAGAAUGCAUGCUGCACUGAUGUGGACCAUCAACGACUUCCCUGCAUAUGGUAACAUGUUCGGGUGGACCACUAAAGGUUAUUUGGCUUGUCCUACUUGUAAUGAGGACGCAUCAUCACAAAGGUUAACAAGUAAGAUAGGGUACAUGGGUGCUCGUCGUUUCUUGCCCGAGAACCAUAGAUGGCGAAGGAGCAAGUUGUUUAAUGGACAAAGUGAGGUUAGGAAAAGACAAAGGGACGAAAAUCCAGUGUUGAAUUGGGCAAAGAGAAGCAUUAUGUUUGAAUUGCCUUACUGGAAGAUGCUUAAGCUUCGACACAACCUUGAUGUCAUGCACAUAGAGAAGAACAUUUGUGACAAUUUGAUGGCGACAUUAUUAAAUGUGGAUGGGAAGAACAAGGACAUAGAAAAAGCACGGAUUGAUUUAGAAAAUUUAAAAAUUCGGAAGGAGUUACGACUACAGAGUCGUGGUGAUGGGUCAUUUGUGAAGCCUCCAGCUGUGUACACAUUAUCCACGAAAGAAAGACAAGGCUUUGGUGCUUUUUUGAAAUCAAUCAAGUAUCCCGAUGGUUAUGCAGCAAACAUCUCCAAUUGCGUGAAUACUGACAGUGGCAAAAUCUCAGGCCUCAAAAAUCAUGAUUGUUAUGUGCUUGUACACCAACUACUUCCGGUUGGGAUGCGCGGGUCUCUUAACAAUGAAAUUGGUACGACUUUGUUUGAGUUAGGAAAUUUCUUCCAACAACUGUGUUCAAAGACGUUGAAGGUGACAGAUUUACAGAAGCUAAAGGAUCAAAUCAUACUUGUACUUUACAAGCUUGAGAAGACUUUUCCUCCAGCUUUCUUUGAUGUCAUGGUUCACUUGGUUGUUCAUUUGCUGCGCGAGGCAAUACUUGGAGGGCCAGUGCAAUAUCGAUGGAUGUACCCAAUUGAACGGCUACUUGGAAUGAUAAAAGGAUUUGUUGCCAAUAAAGUUCAUCCUGAAGGAUCAAUUGCGGAGGCGUACAUUUCCAAAGAGUGUACAACUUUCUGCUCGAUGUAUCUUGAUGGAUUUGAAACAGUGUUUAAUCGAGCAGAAAGGAAUGAUGAUGGUGGUGAUCACAGCUCGGGGUUAGCCAUCUUCUCUCAAAAAGUUUGUCCAUUUGGUCUAAUCAGUAGGGCACCAGAUGUGCCUCUCCACGAACGAGAGAUGGCUCUGUGGUUUGUUUUAUACAAUAGCUUUGACGUGGAACAAUAUCUAAAGGAACACAAGAACAUUUUACAAAAUGGAAGUACAUGUGACACCACAGAGAGGCAACGGGAUGAAUUUCCUAAGUGGUUCAAAGAACGUAUAAAUCAGUUGCGGAAUCAAGGGUCGCCCGAAGCAACGGAUGAAUUGUGGUCGUUGGCCAACGGUCCUAGUGCAAUAGUCAACACAUAUUCGAGAUGCAUUUCUAAUGGUGUUCGAUUUCAUACCAUCGACCGUGAUAACUGUCGUAAAACUCAAAAUAGUGGGUUGGUUGUAGAAGGGGAGCAUGAGGCUCAAGUAGAACAAGUAUUCUACGUUAAUGAUACCAAAUUAGGUGGGAAUUGGAAAGUUGUAGAACGAUUUCACCAUCGAGAAAUAUGGAAUGUGCCAGAGAUGGAUGGUUUACCUGAUGAUGCUCUAAAUAGUGUGUUCCAACAAAAUGAAACCACCGAGGUUGUACCAAUUGUGGACGGAAAUGGUAUGCAAGUUAAAGGCGGUGGCGAUCAAGGGGUUUUGUGUAGAGAUGAUAUUGAAGGUGAAAUUAUUCCAAAUACAAUGGUUUCACAAUCUCAUAGUCAAACACAAGGCGAGGGUGUUGCUGAUGCUUUCAUUUGUGAUACCGACGAAGAUGACUUCCUUGAGGACGAUGAUGAGCAAGAAGAAGAUGAAUUUGACAUUGUUUAA